CAACCCAUAUUGAAUGUCUAGUUUGAAGACACUAUUAUUCAGAGUAUAUCUAAAACACUGAUGUGUUUCGUAUGUAGAGGAAUAUGGGGGGUAGGGAACCACGAGGUCUCAAAGUUCAAAUCGUAGCGAAGGAAAGCAAAAAACAGAAAAACAGGAAGAGAUGAGUGCUUACAAUGCUUUUAAAGCUUGUGCUCCAAUAUCUUGGAGCUCUAAUCUGUACAUAACCCUUGUGAGGGGUAUUCCAGGCACUAGAAGGCUCCAUAGACGUACCUUAGAGGCACUGCACCUUGGCAAAUGCAACCGGACUGUGAUGCGAUGGAGCACACCUACUGUUAGGGGAAUGCUUCAGCAGGUGAAAAGGUCGGUUGUCAUCGAGACAGAAGAGAUGUACAAUGCACGUAAGGAAAAAAAAGCUAACCACGGAGCUCUUCGUCCUCCUUUGAUUGUAAACCAUCAACCAGUCCCUGCAGCCAAUUCCCUUCAAUAAUGGUUGAAAUUCUUUGCUUGUUUACCUCUUUGAUUUUAUUCCUCCAAAUGGGAUCAUGUGCUAGUGCAGCUAGAUAUGAUUUUGGGGCAUUUGAAAGUUGUUAGAAAUGUAGUAGGAGCUUUUGCUCAAGUCAUUUCUUGUUAAACUACCUUGCAUCUCCCUAUUCAGGUUAUCAUUUGAGGUGGUUCGGGUUGUUAUUUAGUAGCGGUUAUGAAGGCGCUUGCUUAGAGAAUAGAAACUAAUGACUGCUUUUUUGGGGGUAAUCCAGAUAGUUGAUUAGGUUAGUUGGUGGUGUCAACAACAACGCUUAAAGAAAGAUGGCGUAAGCUCUUCAUGUAAUAAAAGACUUUAUCAUGAUCCAGUUCGUUCAUUUUUUUACCUUU